UUCCUGCUUUCUCUCUCUCUCUUUCUUCCAGUGGUUCCUACCGUACCUUCUGAGGGGGAGGAACUACAGGGCAACAGAAAACACAUUCAACAGGUCUGGUCUUGCCUCCUUUGGAAACCCCACAAGCAUAUACACAAGCAGAAGAUGGAGGGGUUGGAUGAGAAAUAGAGAGAGAGAGAGAGAGAGCCUGUUGCUAUAGUAACCUGAGCAGCAUUGGUGCCAGUGGUGUAGAGGCUAAUUCUGGGCUGGGCUAAACCUGCAGAGAGAAACAGAGAGAGUGUGAGAGAGACAGAGUGAGAGAGAGUGAGAGAGAGAGAGAGAGAGAGAGAGAGAGAGAGAGAAAGAGGAGGAACUGACCCCAACCAUCCCACAAUGCACUGCACGACAUGUUACUUACCCGCCUUGAGUCGAUUUUGACGUCUCCAGGCUGCUCACAGCUUCAUUGAUGUCUGAGGAGGACGAGCAGAGAGGCAUAUAGGAGGGAAAAGUCCGAGACAAGCAGGUUGGUACUGACUGAUGUGCCUUUGACAUCCGCUGCUGCUUGGACCGCUUGAAAGGGAAAAGCCCCACCCCCUUUUACCUCCCAGCUUCCGCCUGCUGCUUCCGUGCCAACCGAGACGAACGAGGACGGCUUGGGCCACACAACUCAUUCUACCUGGUCGCCAUAGCAACGCCCUUCGCACCCCCCUCCCCUUCCUCCUUCUGAGCGCUCCUCAUGCUGCUUCUCGCACCUCUCCACGAGUCUGUCUCAUAAAGGAGAUUCGGCCGGCAGGACAAGACUUUCUCUCUCUGUGUGUGCGUGUGUGAGUGUGUGUGUGUGUGUGUGUGUGUGUGUGUGUGUGUGUGUGUGUGUGUGUGUGUGGGUGAGAGGUGCCUCACUCUCCACCGCCACCCCCUCCCCACUCCCCCUUAUUUUGUCCCCUCAACCAUAAUCAAUAAUGACUUUCACCAUCCGUCUGACCAGACGGUUCAGCUGAGGAGAAAGUGAGUGGGAGAGAGACAUAGCCGAACAGAGAGACACACAGAGAGAGAGAGAGAGAGAGAGAGAGAGAGAGAAAGAGGUCUCCAGACAAAGAGGCCAAAAAUGGGCCUCUGAUAGUGGGUGAAUUCCUUCCGGACCCCUCGUAAAACACAUCCACCAACUCCUCUCUCUUUCUGAACUUUGUGCAUCUUUGCACAAACGCAAACAAGGCAAAAAAGACUCUCUUGCUGUCACCGCCGCAUUGCCUGGAUUUCCUCCCUGUUCACUCUCAUCUCGGCCCGAAAUGGCGGUGAAUGUGACGCCCAUACGGGACACCAAAUGGCUGACGCUGGAGGUGUGCCGCGAGUUCCAGCGGGGCACCUGCUCCCGACCCGACUCUGAAUGUAAAUUUGCCCAUCCCGCCAAGAGCUGUCAGGUGGAGAACGGGAGGGUCAUCGCCUGCUUCGAUUCCCUCAAAGGCCGCUGCUCCAGAGAGAACUGUAAGUACCUGCACCCUCCACCACACUUGAAGACGCAACUGGAGAUCAAUGGCAGGAAUAACCUGAUCCAGCAGAAGAACAUGGCCAUGCUCGCACAGCAGAUGCAACUGGCCAACGCCAUGAUGCCUGGCACACAACUGCAGCCUGUGCCCAUGUUCUCCGUCACACCUAGCCUGGCUACCAAUGCCACAGCAGCAGCCGCAGCAGCAUUUAACCCGUAUCUGGGCCCCGUGUCUCCAGGCCUGGUGCCCACUGAGAUCCUCCCCAGCGCCCCUGUACUAGUGACCAGCAGUCCCAACGCCCCUGUGCCCGCUGCAGCUGCUGCCGCAGCCCAGAAGCUGAUGAGGACAGACCGACUGGAGGUGUGUCGGGAGUACCAGAGAGGGAACUGUACGCGAGGUGAAAAUGACUGCCGCUUCGCCCACCCAGCUGACAGCACCAUGAUCGACACCAACGACAACACAGUGACCGUGUGCAUGGACUACAUCAAGGGCCGGUGCUCCCGCGAGAAGUGCAAGUACUUCCACCCGCCAGCACACCUGCAGGCCAAGAUCAAAGCCGCCCAGCACCAGGUCAACCAAGCGGCGGCAGCCGCCGCCAUGACUCAGUCGGCUGUCAAAUCACUGAAGCGACCCCUCGAGGCAACCUUUGACCUGGGGAUACCACCAGUUUUGCCUCCAUUACCAAAGAGACCUGCACUUGAAAAAACCAACGGUGCCACCGCCAUGUUCAACACUGGCAUGUUCCAGUACCAACAGGCUCUCACCAACAUGCAGUUCCAUCAACAGGCAGCCUUCAUACCGUCAGGCUCAAUAUUGUGCAUGACACCUGCAGCGAGUGUUGUUCCCAUGAUGCACGGUGCUUCGCCAGCCACUGUGUCAGCAGCCACCACAUCUGCCACAAGUGUUCCCUUCGCAACAGCCACAGCCAAUCAGAUUCCAAUAAUAUCUGCAGAUCAUCUGACUAGUCACAAGUAUGUGACUCAGAUGUAGGAGCAUUUCAAACAAUCACAUCGAAGUGUGCUUGUGUGCCGUCCAGACUUAGGAACCACCCUUAAUACACCAAGCAGAGCAAAAGAUGAUAAAGAAAACCAUGCCACCAUUCCCCGGAAUGACGGAAAACACGCAUGCUUAACACCGUUAAGGAGAUUUGACAUAGUUCAGUCGGAGUCUUGAAAACUCUUCACUUUGGUAAACCAGACGAGAAAAAAACAAAAACAAAAACAAAAGAACAUCACUGUCUGCCUUUUUUGUCUAUGGAUGGUAAAAACAAAAGCAUGCCAGAACCAUUUCAGUGACGAGAAAAAGGUCGAUGUGUGGCGUCUCUUGUCAUGUUCUUUUUUAUUUUUUUAUUUUUAUUUUUUUGGUACAUCGAAUGAGGAAUUUUUUUUUUUUUUGGGUGGGAUUUAUUUCGAUUUUUUUUUUUUUUGAGUUUCUUUUAUGGUUUACAAACUAACGUAAAAGGAACAAAAAAACGAAUGUCAAUAUUGAGACUAGAUGUUGUGCAUGCAGUGUUCCAUUUGUAAGCCGAUAUUUUCUAGAACCUGAUUGUAAUGAGGUUUUUUUUGUUUUGUUUUGUUUUUCUUUGUUUGUUUGGUUUUUUUUUGGAGGGGGGGGGGGGGUGGGGGGGUUGACGAAGGACACUUGCAAAAUGACAACAAUGAAUGUUCUAGUUGUACGACACAGCAGUGUUCCUUUCUAAGCACAUUGAAGCUUCGACUCUUCAUGUUGCCGACUCCACAUCAAGUGCCAUACACAGUACUUGCAUCCAAAAAACAUUAGACGUGUUCUAGGUUACGUGUGUGUGUUAUUAAUGCCUUUAAGUCUCUAAUGUUAUGUCUUAUUCUGUUUUUUUUUCUUUCUUUCUUUCUUUCUUUCUUUCUGGUUAUCAUAUGGUUUCAGUAUUUUUGGUCAGCGAUGGUUUAGUGAUACUGAACGUUUGUUACUUGCCCUACCUCCUCCCCCAAUAUCCGUACAAAAUAAUAGCCAAAAAACACUCAAAGGGCCUCCCUUUAGCUUUUAAGUGCUAGCUUCUCUUUCCCGGCUUUGCUUUUCAUUCUGUCCCACUCUAGGCCGAGCGUUUGAAUCGGAUUGUGCCCUCUGUUAUGCAGAGUGGAAAAGUGGCGUUCCGCUGAGUAUCGGACUGUGGAGGGGAGCUAACGGAUGAUAACACCGUCUUACUGAGUUACCAAAUCAGCAUCAGUCACGGUGGGGCAAUGCAUCUGUUUAUUUUUUUUGUUUGUUUGUUUGUUUUUAUUAGUGAAUUUACUCCAUUUCUUGUUCUGGGCUGUUUUCUAGGUUAGGUUUGUCUGAAAUUCCAUUGAACGGAAAAUGAAAAGUGGGGAGAAAAGAAGGAUUAGCUUUCCUUUCUUUCUUUUUGUACAAAAAAAAGGUGUUAGCUUUUGUUGCUGUUGUUUUUUUUUUUGUUGUUGUUUUUUUUUUUUUUUUUGCUAUUUUAUAUUUUGUGAUCAGGGCUGUGGGUGUAUCUUUUUUUCCGCUCCGCUCGGCCCUGCGUGGGUGGACGAUGAGGGCUGAGGUCACUGCAGCCUCACGGAAAAGAGCUGGAUAAACAAUGCGCUCUGCAGCACGUGGGCGUUUCACAGGGCCGCUGAUGAGCGCUGUUCAGUAGUAAAGUACAUCCGACGAGGGCAUGAUUUAAUGAUUGUAUUAUUCAACAGCAAACCGCCUUAGUCCACACGAGCUCGGCGCUGCACAGUACCCCAUUCAGACGUAUCCACGCUCAGCUGUUCCCGUUCAAUUACGGCCGUUAACUUUUUCCGCCGUUUCUCCCUCUUCGCAGACAUUUGUUGAUUGUUUUGACUGCAUUGUUUCAUUUGUAUCUGUUGAAAAAGAAAAACAAAAAAACAGUGGAAUGUUUUGUCACAUAACUAAGCUUGGAUACCGUUCGUCGAGUAAGAUUUACAGAUAACUUUUGUAGUACUAUUAGAAAUCAUUUUUUCCGUUGUUGUUGUGUUCUUCAUACCAUACUCAGUUUUAAAACUUGUGUAGUGCUGAUUUGAGUAUUAGUAGUACAAUUGUAAAACUAAAUGAUUUUUAUUUUUAGUGAAAGGUAAGACUUUUUGUUUAUGAUUUUUCCUUUUUUUUCCUUGUUUUCGAACAUCUUUUAUAUGGAUAUAUGAGGAAAAUAGUUGCCAAGAGACAAACUGAGUUGCUGCUGUGGCAUCAACUACAUCUAAUAUUGGAAUAUUUUAAUGAUCUUCUGGUUUGUAAUUAGUCAUUCGAAUUAGAAAAAAAAUAUAGUUCUUAGAUGUUAACGUUGUUUUCUACUGUAUUCAUUUCAAAUAGUAACUAUUGUUUGAAUAUUUCCAAUCUCCCUGGAAGUCAGGCCUUGUUAAAGGAGAAAAAGAAAAAAAAGAAAGAAAAGCUGCAUAUAUGAUCACUCAAUAGAGCGCGGCGGGAUUGGAGGAUCAGGUCAGGUGGGUGGGCAGUACGACAAGAAACGGGUAAUACCAAAAAGGAGCCCUUUCGGUAAUGCGCCACGCGGCAGGAAGGCGAGGGGGGUGAAGGUUGACUUUUUUUGCACUUCUGUACAUAGUCGAAAAAGAAAGAAAUCGUGUAUAAUAUUGAGAUCUUAUUUUGAAUAAAAAUGUCUAUAAAUAUGAGGAAUUUUGUUAACGAUAUUAAAGAAAAAAGAAAAAAGUCAGGCUGAACAAAACUGCUUGCAAGUGACAGAGGAUAAAAAAAAAACACUCGAAAAAGGUGAAAAAACGUCGCUUUGCUUUUUUUGUCAGCGGCUCGUAGCUUGCCAGGAAAAUCUUCGGGUGGAGGCGACCCUUGCCCUCCGAGAGGAAGGUCCUAGGGGACAAGCUGUCUCCGUCUCGGACCCCCCCAAACGGGUCCGACAACACGAAAUACAAGUCUUGUUUCUUUUCCUUCAUCCACUGAGGAUUGCAUGUUAAAGGAAUUAACAUAUACCACAAGAAAACUUCACCGAGUAAUACUGAAUAAACAAAACAUGUUAUACAGCGAAACUUAUUUACAGUAUACAUUGUAAUAUUAAUGUAAUGGACUAAAAAAAAGUGCAAAAAAACAAAAAGUGGGUUUAUUAAAGGUUAAAAAAAUUCGUAAAAGUGUACACUCACUGAGGUCGGAGCUCUCGACGACAACGACGACGUCGACGACAACAUCUACAAGUGUACGUCAUAGCUAUAAGUAAGUUUUUUCUUUUCAUAUGUUGUAUUUUAAGUAGAUGAUGGAUCAACAACCAAAUUCUUUGGCGUUCAGAAACAUGGAUACCUGCGGUAUCGCAUUCCGAGUCGCCAAACGGAUUCUGUGUUACCAAAGUUGAUUGUGCUUACGCAUUUCUUGCUCAUUUUUUGCGACUCGUCGCCGACGGCCGCAGAGGGGAGGAGUCCUUUCUUUUCAUCGGCUACAGAUGCACAUUUGAGUUUAUAACACAUUGUAAUCUCCUUAUGGUUUGUUUCUGCUUGUAGUGAUAAAUAAUGUAUUCUGUCCUACGCUGCAAUUUGUUUCAGCUAAUUUUAUUAUUUAGUGCUUUCUGAAGACGAGAGGAAAAAAUAAAAAAAGGUUUUUGUAAUUUAGCCAAAUCUAGUCGGCCUCCACUCUUGAUUGCCUGCGCUCGAACCACCGACGCUACAGUCUUAAGCCAUAGACAGUUUAUGGACUCACAUCUAAUCUCAACACAGAUUUGGAUGAACAUCAUAAAAGCACGUUUUCUGCCAAUUAACCUAUAGGUCAAUCUGUCAUGACGACGCAGGUACAUUAUUGGAGUACGACGCUACAUUACAAAGACCUUAAAAUGGCUUUUAAUGCUUGAUUUCAUUCUUGCUGUUAUGGAAAAAAAAAAUCUAAUGAAAAUAUAUAAAUGAACUUAAAUAAAAGUGGAUUUGCAAAACAAA